AUCACCCAGGGCCUGUCCCCCCCCCCCUCUCUCUCUCCCUGCAGCUCCGGAGCGGCGCGGUAGGAAAGUGCUUUGGUAAUAAGGCGCCAUUCCCUGAAGUGGACGGACAUGGCCUCCGGAUUCAGUUUUGGUGGCGCCCCGGCCAGCACCACUACACUAAACCCAGCAGCCGGAGCCGCAGCCCCCUUUUCCUUUGGUGGAACCCCGGCAGCAAGUAACACUGGCACCGCUGGGGGACUUGGCUUUGGUGCAUUUGGUGCAACCCCUACAACUCAAACAGCUACAACAGGCCUUGGGGGAGGGCUCUUUGGAGCAAAACCUGCCACUGGAUUUACACUGGGUGGAGCAAAUACAGCCACUGCUACAACUACAACGGCUUCCACAGGAUUUAGCAUUGGUUUCAAUAAACCAGCAGGAUCUGCCACACCAUUUUCACUGCCAGCAACCACUGCCUCUUCUGGGGGCCUUUCCUUGUCUUCUGCUCUCACAUCUACUCAAGCUGCAGGCUCUUCUCCAUUUACUUUAAACUUGGGUAGUACGCCUGCCACAACUACGGCUGUUUCCACUGGCUUGUCUCUUGGUGGAACGCUGACCGGGCUCGGUGGAACACUCGGCGGAUCGCUUGGUGGAUCACUCUUUCAAAACCCAAAUCCUUCAGUAACAGCGCUGGGCCAGAACACGCUGGGCCAGAACACGCUGGGCCAGAACACGCUGGGCCAAAACACGCUGGGCCAGAACACGCUGGGCCAGAACACGCUGGGCCAGAACACGCUGGGCCAGAACACGCUGGGCCAGAACACGCUGGGCCAGAACACGCUGGGCCUUGGAUUAAAUUUAGGAGUUGUAGCUCCUGUCUCACAGGUUACAGCAAAUGAAGGGCUUGGAGGUCUAGAUUUCGGCAGCUCUUCUGACAAAAAAAGUGACAAAGCCGGAACCAGGCCAGAGGAUAGCAAAGCAUUUAAAGAUGACAAUCUACCUCAGUUGUUAUGUCAAGAUGUAGAAAAUUUCCAGAAAUUUGUGAAGGAGCAGAAACAAGUCCAGGAAGAGAUCAGCCGAAUGUCCUCCAAAGCAAUGCUGAAAGUACAGGAAGACAUUAAGGCAUUAAGACAGCUUUUAUCUGUUGCAUCCAGCGGCCUCCAAAGGAAUUCCUUGGCUAUUGACAAGCUGAAAAUUGAAACAGCUCAGGAACUUAAGAAUGCUGAAAUAGCUUUAAGGACACAGAAAACACCUCCUGGACUUCAGCAUGAAAAUACUGCUCCAGCCGAUUAUUUUCACACACUGGUGCAACAGUUUGAGGUCCAGUUACAGCAAUACAGACAGCAAAUUGAGGAACUGGAGAAUCAUCUAGCAACACAGUCAAAUAGUUCACAUUUGUCUCCCCAAGAUUUGUCAUUGGCAAUGCAGAAGCUUUACCAAACAUUUGUGGCCUUAGCUGCCCAGCUCCAGGCAGUAAAUGAAAAUGUUAAGAUGCUCAAAGAACAGUACCUUGGCUACCGGAAAGCAUAUUUGGGCGACUCAGCAGAUGUCUUUGAGGCGAGGCGAGCAGAAGCGAAGAAGUGGCAGAGUGCACCGCGUGUUACCACCGGACCCACCCCUUUCAGCAACAUACCAAACGCCGCUGCCGUUGCCAUGGCUGCAACAUUAACGCAACAGCAGCAGCCUACCACAGGGCCUCGGCCUUCCCUCGGAGUUAGUUUUGGAACACCAUUCGGUUCAGCUAUGAACACUGGCUUGCAACCAAGUGGCUUGGGCACUUCUGGCCUUGGAGGAUUUGGAAGUAGCUCUGCUUUUGGUGGUAACACCUCUGGCUCAUCCACAUUUGGCUUUGGGACGGCAAAUAAACCAUCAGGAAGCCUAAGUGCAGGGUUUGGCAGCACAUCUACAUCUGGAUUUAACUUCAGCAAUCCUGGCAUCAAUGCAUCAGCUGGCUUAACCUUUGGAGUAUCCAACCCUUCAUCUACAGGUUUUGGGACAGGAGGACAGCUGCUUCAGCUUAAGAAGCCUCCAGCUGGAAACAAGAGAGGGAAACGAUAGACCCUUUUUUCUUUUCCUUUUUUUUGUGAAAUUGCUACUUGUUGUUACAUUAAAUAAAUCUAUUUUUCUAAAUCAGAGCUGCCAGUGUUCCCAAAAUAGUUUAUAACAUCUGAAUCUCUCACUGGAGGUUUUUGUUUUUUUCCCCCCCCCCCCUAUUUUACUUGUACACAGAAAUGAGAGAACCUAUGAUAUCUUGCCCCUACCAUUACUACCACACUGCUGAGUUCACAAUGGCCAAGGUAUCAAAAUGUUCUGUACAUAUAAGAUGAUUGCACUCUACAUAUUUUUGUAAUUUUUUUUUUAUAUAUCUAAAUAUUAGGGCAUAUGUAAUAUUUUCUUUGACAAUGUAAUAUUUUGGGACCAUUCCUCUACGAUGGCAUGGUAAGGGCGGGAGGGGUCCAUUACCUGCUUAUCGAAGACUGUUUUAGAAUCAGUGUAGCGUUACAAUUGUUUCGAUUUAUUUGUACGGGGAAAACCCUCUAUACUUUCUAUUCUAACUCUUUCCUAUUGGUAGAAAACAAUCACUUCAUGCUUUGCUGUUGUCUGUAUUGGAGAUCUUGUGUCCUGGAUGUUUGCAUUUGAUUUCUACUGCUAAUGUUGAGUGCUGCAAAGAAAACAAUGGCUUAACUUUACAAGAAUUCAUUUUCUGAUGGCCUAUUUCUAUGUAUCCGUCCAUUGUAGUGGUGAAUGGUUUUAUAGUGUCCCACACCUUUAUCUGGCUGUUUUUCUGUAUCAACUUAGGAUAUUAUGAUUAUCAUGGAGCCGUGUGUAUUGGUUUCCACGAGCCUUUGUCUGUUUGAAUCUGUGCGUUGCGUAUAUAUGAGCUGUGCUCAGUAUCUCCAUGUAUGUUGCAUUGCUAGAAGCUCUCCAUCGUCUGCAGUUCUUUCAUACCCUGGAGUGAUAUUCAGUGCAUCAGGGCAGAGCUUUUGUUUUUUUAGGCCUUUGAUAUAACCUUCUUAUGAAUAUGUGUCCUAUUAUGAGCAGAAGAGACAAUUGUACAAAUGUUGAAAGAUUCUAAUUUGUUUGUUGAGCUGACUCCAUCUCAGGUUUUUCCCCUCAGCUGCAAUGUCCAGUCUACAGCUUUAGCUAAAAAGAUUUUGCAGCAUUUUCUGAAGGACGCCCAUUAAAUGCUAUGCUACAAAUUAAGCAAAUGAUGUUUUAAGGUUGUUUUUUUCCUGUACAAUUAUACAUUUUGCACUUGUAGAGUCUUCCUGUUUUAAAAUAUAAUCAUUUUAAAUAUAUACCAUCAUAUAGAAAUAUAUAUGUAUAUCAUCUUCCUAAAAUGUUCCUAAUUUAAAUGUUCAUUCUUUAAGCAUCAGUGCAAUGUUCCAUAAAAUUUCAUAUUUUAACAUUGGCAUGGGGUUAUUUCUUUUGCUUUCCUAAUGUUUCUUACCUUAAUCCCAUUCAAGGCUCAAGAUCCUGCAACAAUGUAUGCAGUUGGUUUCAGGUAGAAUCUUGGAGGACAGUAGAUGGACUAUAGCUAGAAACGCAGCCAUAAAGCGUGACAGGGCUGCUGCUUUGCGGGAGGAAAGAGGAGACUCAACUGCUUUAUUCACAAUUCUUUGUUACAAGUGUCCAAACAUAACUAAAUCAUUUUUAUUUUUAAACCUACUCUACUAACCCUUUUUCUAAUGAAAAUUUUGCAGGGUUGAUUGUGUUCUUUAAGGCUAUUUGUUUCAGAAAGAGGGUUGCCUAUUAGGACAGUGGCAUAUGCAUUAAAUCCACAUUGUAAAGAUGGCUGUAUGCUAUAGGAUCUGCUUGUUGAGUCGCUAUACGAGCAAAUCUUUCUCCCAAUUUGCCCACCUAAGGUGGCCCUAGGGCCAAACAAAGGGAUUACAAUGACGGAAAUAUGAACCAUUGUAACGAGGACUGCAUCAGUGAGCCAAUGCAAUCCUCCAUUCAGUUUGGAAAAUAUCUGGCUCAAAAUCAGCCAGAUGCCAGUGUCUGUCAGGUAGGCCCAUUGGAAGGUCCCAUACAUGGGCAGAUAGCCUGCCAAAUUGGGCUAAAGGGCCUGAAUCUACCCAUGUACCUUUAGACAGCAGUGACUAUUCUCUGGUUCAUCUUCCAGCCAAGGCCAAAAAAGGUUUCAAUUAUUUGUAUCCAUCAUUGAGUUUUCUUUCUUUUAAAGUCUAUAUCUUUGCCUUUUGUAUGACUGUUUUGAAUAUAUGUGUUUACAUAUCAAUGUUUUGUACUUGAAAAACUAAUGGUUGCAAACGUUUCAUUGUCUCCUUUUUCAGAAGCCAUGCGUCGGAGAGUAGUUGAUUUCUCUGUUGCUUUUCAGUCUCCAAAUUUCUGUUGUAUGUGUGACAAUGUUGGAAACCAUUGAUGUCUAAAUCAAUAAAAAUUAAAUGCAAAUGUUGCUGCUAAAA